GCCAACUCACUCGUUCGUGACUCAGUCGGGCCGUGUGAACUCGUUCCAUCUUUACUCCAUUCCCAAGUCAACCAGGAGCGUCCUAAAGUGGUGGUGUGGCUAUGGACGGCGGAGGGAGCAAGGUGAAGAAGGGAGCCGCUGGCCGGAGGGGUGGUGGCCCCAAGAAGAAGCCCGUCUCACGGUCCGUCAAGGCCGGCCUCCAGUUCCCCGUCGGUCGCAUCGGCCGCUUCCUCAAGAAGGGCCGGUACGCCCAGCGCGUCGGCGCCGGCGCUCCCGUCUACCUCGCCGCCGUGCUCGAAUACCUGGCAGCCGAGGUCUUGGAGUUGGCCGGGAAUGCGGCGCGUGACAACAAGAAGAACCGGAUCAUACCGAGGCACGUCUUGCUUGCCAUCAGGAACGACGAGGAGCUCGGGAAGCUUCUCGCUGGGGUGACCAUCGCGCACGGAGGGGUUCUGCCCAACAUUAACCCUGUUCUUCUGCCGAAGAAGACUGACAAGGGUGGCAAGGAGCCCAAGUCGCCAUCGAAGGGCACCAAGUCACCGAAGAAAGACUAGGGUUAGCGGAUAUGAAAGGGGGUUUCUAUCUCCUGCAAUUCCUCUUCUUUGUGUAUUUUGUAGGACUGGAAUAGUGUAGGUGGAAGAAAGAGAUGAAUUAGAUGAAGCCAAAUGUUUCUUCUUCCUAUGUUUUCAUGCAAUGUUAAUGAUAGUAGUGAUUUAUAUGUGA